UCUGGAAGCUCGCUGUAAAUAGAAAACUCCAUCAAUGCCCAUCACAUCCCAUAGAUCAAUAACUCAACAUUUCUUCAUCAAUGUCUCUUCUCCACUUCCUUCUCUUGCUCUCGCUUUCGCUCCUUGCUCGAGCUGCCGUCCCUCCCUCCGCUCAAUUCAAGUUCGUCAAUGAGGGCGAGUUCGGGCCUUACAUCGUCGAGUACGACGGCAAUUACCGGACCUUCGGCAUCUUUAGUUCCCCGUUCCAGCUGUGCUUCUACAACACCACCCCCAAUGCCUUCACCUUGGCCCUGAGGAUGGCCACCGCGCAAUCUGAUUUGCUCCUCCGCUAGGUCUGGGAGGCCAACCGGGGCAAACCAGUCCGUGAGAACGCGACCUUCGCACUCGGGGCCGACGGCAACCUUGUCCUGGCCAACGCUGACGGCCAGGUCGCGUGGCAAUCACGCACUACGAAUAAAGGUGUCGUUGGGUUCAAAUUGCUCCCCAAUGGCAAUAUGGUUCUCUAUGACUCCAAGGGCAAUUUCGUGUGGCAAAGCUUCGACUCGCCCACGGACACCCUCCUUGUGGGCCAGUCCUUGCGGGCCAGAGCAGUGAGCAAGCUUGUGAGCCGGGCCUCGGAGACGGACAACUCCAAUGGUCCAUACAGCCUGGUCAUAGAGCCCAAGCAAUUGUCCCUCUAUUACACUAGCAAGAACUCUCCAAAGCCGCUCCUGUACUACACAUUUGCGGAAAAAAUGUACCUCGGCAAGGAGUCCGUAGGCCAAGUGACCCUUGAAACUGCGCCGGAGACUGAUGAGGGCUACGCCUACGAAAUCACUCUGAAAUAUGCAGCAGCCAACAAGACGAGCGGCGAGGGUGGCAGAAUCAUAUUGGCUAGGCCCAAGUAUAAUUCCACACUGACCAUACUAAGGCUCGGGAUCGACGGCAACCUUCAGGCCUACACUUACUAUGACAAGGUGAACUACCGGGCUUGGGAGGUCACCUUCUCCCUCUUCUCUCAAGACGGGGACUGGGACACCGAGUGCCAAUUGCCUAGCCGGUGUGGGAACUUUGGGCUCUGCGCGAACAGCCAGUGUGUGGCAUGCCCGUCGGCCAAUGGGCUUUUGGGCUGGAGCGAGAGCUGCGCGCCGCCGAGGGUCACGAGCUGUCAACCGGGCUACUUCGGCUACUACAAGCUGGCUGGGGUGGACCAUUUCCUGAGCAAGUACACGAAGGGUGAAGGGCCGAUGAAGGAAGGGGAUUGUGGGGGCAAGUGCAGCAAGGACUGCAAGUGCCUGGGUUAUUUCUACAACCAAGAGACUUCUCGAUGCUGGAUCGCUUACGAGCUCAAGACACUGAUCAAGGUCGCUAAUUCCACGCACGUGGGCUACAUCAAAGUGCCCAAGAAAUAAGUCUAGAGUCUUGUUUCGUUUUUCUUCCCCUUGUCAGAGCUUGUGUUCUGUUCUUGUUCUGCGUUUUUUUUAUAUUUUCGGAGCAACUUCUUUUGUUGUGGUAUCCCCUUUGUAUGAGAAUGAUGAAGCUUUUCUCUUA